AUGUGCCGACAGUUAGACGUUAUCGUCAAGCACAUACCCUCUGAGUUGAACUAUGCCGACUCGAUAUCACGAGCUAAGAUCAACGACAAGGUCAUUGACGGUACCCACGUCUGCAAGGCGAUGUCUGUCAGCGAAGUGGUUUUUGACUAUAGGGAGAUUACAGAUGACGAGUUGGCUGAGAACGUAGUCGAGACCAACGAUGAAGAACCCUGCUCACAAUAUACCACUUCCCCCGUGGCUAACGCCACGGAACCAACAACUGCAACCACCAACGGCAGGGACGCUCAAUGUAUUCCUAUACAGAAGGUUACUACUUCUCCCGUGGCUAACGCCACAACCAACUCUUCAACUGUCGGUGCUCUGGUGAUGACUCUCAACUGUGACGGUAUUGACCUACCCAACUACGGCUCCUUUACUACUGAACAACAAGAAGAACUACGUGAACUCACACGUUAUGCCAAGCCCGUGGAAGAGAUCGACCCAGAGCUACUACAGGAUGGUAACUACGAAGACCGUGUCAGUGCUUGCGUAAUACGUGCGCAAGAAUUGGACGACGACUUGAAGGACUUCAAGAAUCUUCUCCUUGAGAAGGUCACCUACAAGGAACUCGGCAUGAAGGGUGACGUCACCCUAGCCCAGAGCGACUUCGCCAUGCUGAAGAAGAUGACGACGGUGUGA